AUGGCAUCGUCGUGGCGGCUGAUGGGCAUUUCCAUCUCGGCCGUGGUUAUCUUGUCCAGUCUCGCUUAUCUCCUCGCCGUCGACUUGUUCUUUUCCGCUUCGUCUUCUUCCGAUCCAAUCAGGCGGCCACCUUCCGACGCCUCAUCCAAGCAUCAUCGACACUUUCAGGCCCCGGCCGAAAACCCCUGGGCCGAGCUCGGCGAGGUCGAGGCGUCGCAGGUGUACCUCUGGCUGCAGAAGAACACCAACAUCUUCAACUCAACUGACGGCGUCAGUAACAACAACAGCCCAUUAAACCUGAUCGAACUUCUCCGACCCAACAAAUCCGAUGUCGUCGACUACCUGGACCACCAUGGCCCUGUCCCGGAACGCUGGGCGCGUCUCUCCACGGUCGAGACCAAGGGCGACGACGCCUUCAUCGUCGAAUACAUGGUCGGCCCACUGCCUCCAUCCAACAAGACCCAACUUCUCCCGUUGACGUACUGCCACAACUCGGGGCGCAACUACGUGCAGAGCCCCGUGUCGGGCGUCUUCGCGCUGCUGGAGUGGGCGCUUGCGAUCGGCGAGGACGCGUCCGACAUCACCCUCGACCUGCUGGGCGCGAAGACCAACCGGGACGACCCCGACGACCCGGAGGGACUGGUCAUGGGAUCCCGUCCGGCACUGAUCGACUCGGGCCGCAUGGUGCACUGGCUGGAGUUCUUUGGGCCGGGCAUGAAAUCAGACGGGCGCAGCCUCCUACCCCAGGGCCUGUACGUCAAGCUGGACGUGCCUAGCGCCAACCCGGUCACCUGGACCACGGGCGAGUGGUUCUACAACGGGGUCUUGUACGACAACGCCACAAUGCUCCGAGCCGCGAUGGCAUCGCCCGACUUCGAGCGACUGACCAUCAACGCGGACGGCGCGUGGACCGUCCCCGAAGACCUCACCACGUCCAGUCCCGAGCGUGACAUGCCCCCGCCGCUGUCCAUCCAGCCGUACGGUCCCCGCUACCGGCUCGACCGCACCGAAGGCUACGUGUCGUGGAUGGGGUUCUCGUUCUACCUGUCGACAUCGCAGGCGACGGCCCUGUCGCUGUUCGACAUCCGCUACGACGGCACGCGCCUCAUGUACCAGCUGGGCCUGCAAGAGGCGCUGGCCCACUACGCGGGCGUCGAGCCCCUGCAGUCCGGGCUGGAGUUCCUGGACACCUUCUUCGGCAUGGGCAAGAUGAUGUUCAGCCUCGUCCCGGGGCUCGACUGUCCCGGCCACGCCGAAUACCUCGACAUGUCCUACCACCGCGGCGGCAAGAUGUUCACCAAUCGCAACGCCAUCUGCGUGUUUGAGUACACCUCCGACGCGCCCCUGCAGCGUCACACCUCGGCCUACAGCGCCACCGUCAGCAGGAACACGUAUCUCGUCGUUAGGAGCGUGAGCACCGUCGGAAACUAUGACUACACGAUCGACUACAUCUUCUACCUCGACGGCUCGAUCGAAGUCAAGCUCCGGGCCAGCGGAUACAUCUUCGGGGCAUUCCACGCGGAACCACGCUCCUCGGGGCCUCUCGAACGGGACGCCUCGACGAACGAAUACGGCUACCGCGUCCGGCCGGGCCUGCACACGUCGAUGCACGACCACGUGGUCAACUUCCGCGCCGACAUGGACCUCUGCGGGACGCGCAACACGGUGGUGCGCACCGCCAUCGCCCCCCUGCAGCGCGCCUACGACUGGGACGCCCCCGAGGUGCCCGGCCCCCGCAACACCAUGCACAUGACGCACGCGCCCGUCACGCACGAGACGGGGCUGAACUGGCCGCGCAACGCAGGCGAGAUGGUACUGGUCACGGCGCCGAACCGCACCAACCGCUGGGGCGAGACGCGCGCGUACCGCGUCCUGCCCGGCACAGGGAUGGGCAACCCGGCGCACUUGACGAUCGUAAACUCGACCGCGCUGGGCCGCGCGGCGGCCUGGGCGGCCGCCGACCUGUGGGUGCCGCUGGCGCCGCUGGUCGAUUUUGCGCGGAUGGUAGAGGACCGCGAGCCGGUCGAGGACGCGGACCUCGUGCUGUACUUCAAUCUCGGCGGCCACCACGUGCCGUCGUCGCAGGACAUCCCCAACACGCUCAUGCACACGAGCGCCAGUUCCGUGCUGUUCAUGCCCUUCAACUACUUUGACGACGACGUCAGCAAGCCGCUCCGCCAGGGCGUGCGGGUCGACCGGGCGCGCCACCGGGCGGUGGUGCCGACGAAGGGAAGUGACGACGCCGACGCCGACGAGGCGGCCAAGGAAGAAGUGCGCCGGUCCGCACGAUCCAGAUCUCAGCACCUCGAACGAGAGCACAACAAGAACAAGAACAAGAAGACGAUUAAGACCCAGCUCGACGACGGUGACGGUGACGGUGACAUCUCGUGGUUCGGCGCCCGCUACACCCAACCCGUGCUGGUCCCGGCCGAAAUGCUCACGCCGGAUCUCAGCCACUACAUGAAGGAGCGCGACGAGAACGGCGGCGGCGGCGAAGAGGGUGAGGGUGGGGGCUGGAAGACGGUGCGGAACGACGUCGGGGGCGGGCUGUAUGGGUUGUUUGUCGGCAAGGAGAGGGGAGGGCGUGAGCGUCAGCGCGAGGGGGCGCGGCUGGAUUGGUGA